AUGUACUAUGAGGAACUUAAGAUGAGCUAUGAGCAGCAUAAGAUGUGCUAUGAGGAGCAUAAGAUGUACUAUGAGGUGCAUAAGAUAUGCUACGAGGAACAUAAGAUGUGCUAUGUCGAGCAUAAGAUGUACUAUGAGGAACAUAAGAUGUGCUAUGAGCAUAAGAUGUACUAUGAGGAAAAUAAGAUGUGCUAUGAGGAGCAUAAGAUAUGCUACGAGGAGCAUAAGAUGUGCUACGAGGAACGUAAGAUGUGCUAUGAGGAGCACAAGAUGUACUAUGAGGAACAUAAGAUGUGCUAUGAGCAUAAGAUGUACUAUGAGGAAAAUAAGAUGUGCUAUGAGGAGCAUAAGAUGUGCUAUGAGGAACUUAAGAUUUACUAUGAGCAUAAGAUGUACUAUGAGGAACAUAAGAUGUACUAUGAGGAAGAUAAGAUGUGCUAUGAGGAGCAUAAGAUGUGCUACGAGGAGCAUAAGAUGUGCUAUGAGGAGCAUAAGAUGUGCUAUGAGGAAGAUAAGAUGUGCUAUGAGGAACACAAGAUGUACUAUGAGGAACUUAAGAUGAGCUAUGAGGAACAUAAGAUAAACUAUGAGGAGCAUAAAAUGUGCUAUGAGGAGUAUAAGAUGUACUAUGAGGUGCAUAAGAUAUGUUACGAGGAACAUAAGAUGUGCUACGAGGAGCAUAAGAUGUGCUAUGAGGAACAUAAGAUGUGCUAUGAGGAGCUUUAG